CACACUGACCUACUCAAUAGCUAACAGGCUGUGUGUACUGUUCUCCAUACUACUUAGUACGCUAGUAUAGGAAACUCUCUGCGUCCCACGUCGAGUUUAGUUGGCUCUUCAUACUGUUUAGUACAGUAGUAACGUAUGCGUAUUCGGACUGUCACAGUCACACGGCUCUCUGCGUAAAGGUGCCACUGUUCACCAUUUAGUAUUCGCGGAGUGAGAUGCGGGUCAGGACAUAACCGCAGUCACAAGAUUUUUUAAUAACAGUCGCUUUUCCAAAGAUGUCCAGUAUCGAUCACCAAACCCGCGACAGGACGAGUAACGGGGUCAGCUCGGACCCUCACAGAUUUCGUCGUGAACUGUCUGCUGAGUACUCACGCCAUGACCUGGAUCUGAAUAAAAACAUGUCCACAAUCUACAACAUGGAAUAUAAGCACUUGAGAGGAAGUAUAAAAGGAACAUCAUCAGUUUCUGAAGACAACAUCCCCACAGUGCUGGGAUUACAGCUGGCUGUGGCAAAAGGACCGGACCGGCUUCCUGCUGACAAGGACAUGCAGGAAGUUCUGUGCGGGAAGCUACGCAUGCUGGAGACUGACCUUGCUAAUAUCACGACCCUAAUCACGGAACUCUCUGCUCAUCUGGUGUCCAUCAACAGUGAAGAAAGAACUAUAUUUAUCACUUUUAAAUCAUUUGAAGAAAUAUGGAAGUUCAGCACCUACCACAAAAUGGGUUUCCAGCAUCAGUGUUUGGAGAACUUUCUACUGGACCAGAAUUACUGGCUGAAUUCUUUAGAACAGAAGGACUCAGGAAUUGAGGUCUACUUUAAACAGGACACCCUUAAUCUAAUGUACAGAGACUUUUUAAUGCAGGAAGGAUCAUUUUUUGGGAGCUGCACAGUAAAUCAGAUGUUUGAUAGUUCCACAUCAGGCAGUGAUCUUUAUCUGGAGAAAGGGGUUAUAGCCAUGUUUGAGCCUCCAUUCCUGGGCUCUGGGUGGACUGUGAUGUCCUUGGCAGAUGGAUCAAGAGGAACUAAACCUAGGCCGGCAGUGGAACCGGUCAUUCCAUUUCAUGAGUGGUUUUUGAAAUCCUGUCCUGAGUGGGUUUUGGUGGGGGGUGAAAAAGCAUGCCGUGACCUUCCAUUUCAGAUUGCUGUAGGUGUCUGCGAGGCAACAGAACCAUAUGAUGGUAAUGGACCUGACGAGCUUAGCUUUGAGGCUGGUGAUCGAAUCGUUAUCCUGGGCUUCCUGGUAACCUGUUUUGAGUGGUUCAUGGGCAAGCUGGAGAAGACUGGUGACACAGGACUCGUCAAAAGCCGCCUUGUCAAAGCAACUGAUUCUCUUUGUGAAUCGAAAGAAAUCUUUUUGAAAACUGAACACAGAGAAAUCUUCACCUUGGAACAAGACAAGAUUAAAGAGGAAACUCUUGCCUUUUUGAAGAAAACAUGUCAAAAUGAUGUUGCUACAGUCUACAAACUUGAUUGUGCAACUUCAAGUCCACUUCAAAACAGCUCUUCUGACAGUGUGCAUGUAGACCUGAAAAGAAAAAUGACAAGUAUUUUAAAUACAACGAGGGAGCCACAUGAACAUGAAGCUGCACUGGAUAGUUCUCAUCAUCUCCAAACAGAUGAGCCCAUUAAAUCCACAGACUUCCUAAAAGAAACUCCAUGCUUUACUGUUCGUUCAGAACAGGAUGGAACCAGCCCGGACGGACACUAUUCUCUUCUGCUUUUCCUAGGCAGCCGUGACCAUCGGCCAGAGUUCCAGCUGCUUUACAGUGCCUACCCAGAUUUCCUCCUGUUGCAUUUCCAGGGUCAUUCAGAUGAAGAGGAGUUGGUUGCAUAUUUAGGAGUUGCACGGGAAACAGCAAGAAAGAAGCGGAUGUCCUGGGCACAAAGCAGAAUUUGUUUCCUCUUGGGUCAGCUUUGUGCAGGGAGGUCAAAGUACUCCCAGGCACGCGUCUAUUACGAGGAAGCCUUAAGCAUACCCAAAGACUAUUUCACAGACAUGUACUUUCUUUCAGCCAUCUACUCUAACCUCGCCUUUGUCUAUUUUACACAGAAGAAUGUGGACAAGUAUCUUGCUUUGUCAGAGCGCUUUGCUGCUUUAAUGAUGGCAGUCUGUGACUGUUUGACUGGCACAGAGGAUCCAGAAGUGUUCAAGUUUGCACUAAAGAAGGCCAUUCUAUCCAGGAAUAAACCAGCAGAAGCCAGGGUCUGUUUCCUGCUAGCCAAAUUUUAUCUGAAGCUUGAAGAGGGGAUGAAUGCAGUGCCUUUUAUUGAACGGCUGCAGAUUUUGGCUGAUAAGCUGCCUGGCACCUGUGAUGAGAUGAAGAGUCAUGGUUUCUUACUGUUAGCACGGCUUUAUAGUGACUAUGGUCUUCUUCACCUUGCUGAGAGCUCAGCACAACAAGCGUGUAUUCAGGUCUCUUCCUCAGUGGCUGACUGUCUUUGUGGCAUAUCAUUGCUGUUAGAGAAUGCCCGGGAAUUGCAUGCUGUCGACAUCCCAACUCAGGUGGCUCCAUGUUUGUCCCGAGCUGCUGCUUUAAAAUCUCUUGAGCCCAGCCUUGAAUAUGUUCAUGCUCUGUGUCUCUCCUGGCUCUUUGACAAGCAUGGCAUGCCUAAUAGGGCAGUUCAGUUCAUGUGUGGCCUCCUUGACCACACAUUUACAGAAACACUCAGCCAGUCUGAUGCCAACACAGCUCUGAUAUGGCUGGCGUGGCUGUAUAUCUGUGACCUGCAGUACAACACUGCAGUGGUUGUUCUGGACUCAGUCCUGUCUUCAUUGCCUGACCACUGCACAACACGCCUGGAAGGUGUUGUCUACAACAUGCGUGCCAUUGCAUUAAGACGUACCGGUGAUGUAAAACAAGCUGCAGAGAACUUACAAGCUACUUUGGAUGUCUGUGAGGAGUUUGAAGACAGGUACAACUGGGCCAUAGCGCUGGCCAAUUUUGGCUUUCUAAGUCUGCAGGUCAAUGCAAAAAGAGUAGCAGAGGAGCAUUUUACCCAAGCAGUAGAGCUGUUCUCCGAGCAAGAGCAUGAAGGACUUGAGCUAAGCUUUGUUGCUGUACUUUUAGAGCUAGGGAAGCUCUAUAUCUCUCAGGGUUUUUGUGAAAAAGGGCAGAUAUUCUAUGAGUGGGCAUUGCUGAUCGCCAUCCUGUAUGAAAACCCAGACAGUCAGUUGCAAGCCACCCGUCAUUUGUGCCAACUGUAUAGUGAAGUAUGCCCAGGCGAGGCUCAGUGUAUUAUUUAUAACGAGCACCAGCUGAACCUGCUACACCAGACAGAAGACAGAAUUUCUGAGGCAGGCGUCCUAGAGAGGAUCAGCCAGCUCUACCUGAGUCUGGGCACAGAGAAAGGAAACAGAUUUGCACUUGACUAUACCAAAAGAAGCAUAGGGAUCUUUAUCGACCUGGGGAUGAGGAGGAAGGAGGCCCAUGGCUGGCUACAGGCAGGAAAGAUCUACCUGAUCCUCAAACAAACUGAGCUAGUGGAUCUCUAUGUACAGGUAGCACAGGACAUUGCUUUAAGUACAGGAGACACACUUUUCAUCCUGGAGCUACUAGAGGCAGCAGGUGAUGUGUUUUUUGAUAGCACACAAGAAAAAGAGAAAGCCAUCUGCUUUUACAGGGACCGAGCCCUGCCUAUUGCACUGAAGAUGAACAGUUUGCAUUCUCAGCUCAGGUUGUGCAAUAAGUUAGCAGAGUUGCUGCUACAGCUGGGACAGUAUGGAGAAGCUGUGGAGUUUGCACAGACUACAUUAGAGCUCAGCAUCAAUCUGGGUGAUCACUUAAAUGAGCGUGUGGCUUUCCAUCGUCUGGCUACACUCUACCACUGCCUGAGUCAGUUUGAGCUGGCUGAGCACCACUUUUUAAAAGCCCUCUCACUGUGUCCCUCACUUCUGGAGUUUGAUGAGGAGGCCUUGUACUACGUCAGGGUCUACAAGACACUAGGAGACAUCAUCUUUUAUGAUCUAAAGGACCCAUUUGAUGCAGCAGGUUAUUACCACCUUGCCCUGGCAGCUGCUAUGGACCUGGGUAAUAAGAAGUCACAGCUUGAGCUGUGCACUCGUCUGGCCACCAUCUACCACAACUUCCUUAUGGACCGUGAGCUCUCACUGUACUUCUACCAGCGUGCAAGGGCUUUUGCUGCUGACCUCAAUAUCCGCCGCGUCAACCUGGCACCAGAUCAGAGCUUCCGCACCACAUCCCAGUAUAGAACCACAGCCAUACAGGAGACAAGAUAGAGGAUACAGGAGACUAUUCCAAGGCCUCCCACUACCAACACCUAUGAUUACAUUCUGCAGACUAGAUGUUUUUUUGUACUUGUGGCUUUGUCACUCCAGAAGUUUUAUUAAGUUUUAUUAAGCACUACUAAAUGAACAAAAUAUGUAAAUAUGUAUUUAAUAUAUUACAGACUGAUUUUUAAAAAUCUAUAUGCAGAUUACAUCAACAUAUCAAAGUAUUUUUAAUUACAUACAAGUGAUUUAGUA